AUCAGCUGAUAGUGGUGGUGUUUUGUUGGAAGUUGCGGUUGUUUAUGAAGUGUUCUCUUCAAUUCACGAUAAAGACACAACAAACGAAAAACGGAAUUCGAUUGACAUUGAGCUAUUAGUGAGGUUAUGAAUAUUAGCUAAGUGACUCACUGUUACAAUUUAAAUUAAUAGCUAGCUAGAUUGAUAUUAAAUCCUCGGGAAGAAAGAAAACAGCAACGCAACGUCAGUCAACGGGUUUGAGACGUUCUUUGUUUUUGUUGUGUCAGACAGAAGUGCAGUAUUUGGUUUCUUCUUUUUGAACAUCGUUUUAUAUGUAUUUAUAAUUGUGCGUGAAUUUUGAUUACAAUAACUCUACAGGAGUGCUAGCUAGCAUAGCUACAAAUCGCCGAAAAUUGUUGUCAAGCUGCUGAGUUGUCUAAUCAGAAGCGAGACAGCAGAGCUGUUUAGAUAGUGACGAGUGUGGAAAGAUUUCAGACUAGCUAGCUAGUUGUGGUGUGAUCGUCAUUUGCACAUCACUCAGUCAGCUCAACUGCGACCUGUUGGUAGAGUUUCAUGUCAGCCACCAACCUGUAAUUCUCAGUUAGCUUUGUUGCGCAAUUCCUGUAUGCUAACGUGUCAGCAAGGAUCACUGGUCCAAAAGUAUGGUAACAGUAGUGUGUCGUAACUAAGUUUUAGUGUCUUGGUCUCUGAAAAGGUGUAAUUUGUCCCAUUGUCAAUAUAUUUCAGGUUGUUUUAUGUCAACUCGUAUUGUGUAUGCCUAUGAAUUAAGUAGUAUUUUAUUGUGUUAAUCGCUUAAUGUUGUAUAGAAACCGUGCAAUUGAAAAGGAGUGAUUAAGAAGAGAACGAUCAGGCAGUCUAAUAUUAAAGAAAGGUCCAGUUCUGGCACAGGCACAGAACCUCGUUGAAAAUCCUUCUCCCUACUUGCCAAUGCUGGAUCUGGAAGUUGUUCCUGAAAGAUCUUUAGGACAUGAGCAAUGGGAAUUCGCAUUAGGUAAGUGAAGACAAUAGGUUAUUUGGUAUUUCUUCAACCCAGGAGCACAACUUUGGUUUUAGAAGUCGGAUAAACACUCCAAACAGCCUACCCGACCGCUCGGAGGCCUCUGCAUGGUCCUAAAGCAAACCGUUGCCUCGUUUUGUAUCACAUUCCAAUGAUAAAACUGGGGGGGGACAAAAAUGCAAUUUCAGAAUGUGGGGGGGACAUGUCCCCCAUUCCCAGUGAAAGUUGUGCCCCUGCUUCAACCUACCACACACCCUAAACUAAUAUUUCCCUGUCCAUUAUUUUUCUUGUUUGUAAUUUGUAAAUGAGGACUAAAGUUAUCUCUAAUCUUGUCCAUCUUUUUGUCACAGGGAUGCCAUUGGCCCAGGCCAUUUCCAUUUUACAGAAACACUGUCGCAUCAUCAAGAAUGUCCAGGUUCUCUACAGUGAACAAGUAAGAGAUGAGAUGACUGCUCUUGUAUAUGAUGUAGGGUGUGGGCUGUCAGAUUAAUGUGACAGAUUAUUGAUUGACUGUGCCCUGUAAUUACAUGUUAAUGUUAUCUUUCUGUGCUUCUAGACGCCACUCAGUCAUGACCUCAUACUCAACUUGACUCAGGAUGGAAUUAAACUGCUGUUUGAUUCCUGUAACCAGAGACUGAAGGUGAGGGAGAGGUGCUCUGAAGGGUCAUGACUUUAGACUUCAUUCAGUAAAAACUGUAUGUUGAACAUUAAUCACGUCUCUUGUUGCUGUAAUGUUUAGGUGAUUGAAGUAUACGACUUGAGCAAAGUGAAAUUGAAAUACUGGUGAGUGAUCAUCUGUUCCUAGUGUGAAUAACUGUGUGAGUCAUAGCAAAUGUAUAUGUGAGCAUUGUGGGAAUUUGUCUGACUGGAAUUGUUUGUUUUACUUGGUGAGAAUAGUUUGUUUCGCACAUUGGUCAGCUUAUGUUGGAUAUGGAACUUUGUGCUACUACAUAUACACUAUAUAUACAAAAGCAUAUGGACACCCCUUCAAAUUAGUUGAUUCGGCUAUUUCAGCCACACUCACUGCUGACGGGUGUUUUAAAUCGAGCACACAGCCAUGCAAUCUCCAUACACAAACAUUGGCAGUAGAAUGGCCUUACUGAAGAGCUCAGUGACUUUCAACGUGGCACCGUCAUAGGAUGCCACCUUUCCAAUAAGUCAGUCUGUCAGAUUUCUGCCCUGCUAGAGCUGCCCCAGUCAACUGUAAGUGCCGUUAUUGUGAAGUGGAAAUGUCUAGGAGCAAGAACGGCUCAGCCACGAAGUGGUAGGCCACACAAGCUCACAGAGUGGGACCGCCGAGUGCUGAAGCAAAUAGUGCAUAAAAAUCAUCGGUCCUCGGUUGCAACACUCACUACCGAGUUCCAAACUGCCUCUGGAAGCAAAGUCGGCACAAUAACUGUUUGUCAGGAGCUUCAUGAAAUGGGUGUCAAUGGCUGAGCAGCCGCACACAAGCCUAAGAUCACCAUGCGCAAUGCCAAGCGUCGGCUGGAGUGGUGUAAAGCUCGCCGCCAUUGGACUCUGGAGCAGUGGAAACGCGUUCUCUGUAGUGAUGAAUCAUGCUUCACCAUCUGGCAGUCUGACGGCCAAAUCUGGAUUUGGCGGAUGCCAGGAGAACACUACCUACCCCAAUAUGCAUAGUGCCAACUGUAAAGUUUGGUGGAGGAGGAAUAAUGGUCUGGGGCAGUUUUUCAUGGUUCAGGCUAGGGCCCUUAGUUCCAGUGAAGGGAAAUCUUAAUGCUACAGCAUACAGUGACAUUCUAGAUGAUUCUGUGCUUCCAACUUUGUGGCAACAGUUUGGGGAAGGCCCUUUCCUGUUUCAGCAUGACAAUGCCCCCGUGCACAAAGCAAGGUCCAUGCAAAAAUGGUUUGUCGAGAUCGGUGUGGAAGAACUUGACUGGCCUGCACAGAGCCCUGACCUCAACCCCAUCGAACACCUUUGGGAUGAAUUGGAAUGCCGACUGCGGGCCUAAUCAUCCAACAUCAGUGCCCGACCUCACUAAUGCUCUUGUGGCUGAAUGGAAGCAAGUCCCAGCAGCAAUGUUCCAACAUCUAGUGGAAAGCCUUCCGAGAAGAGUGGAGGCUGUUAUAGCAGCAAAGGUGGGACGAACUCCAUAUUAAUGCCCAUGAUUUUGGAAUGAGAUGUUCGACAAGCAGGUGUCCACAUACUUUUGGUCAUGUACUGUACUGUAAUAGUAUCUAAGCCUAAAUGGUGUCAUUGUCUUGCAGUGGAGUACAUUUCAACACUCAGGCUAUAGCACCCACUAUAGAGCAGAUUGAUCAGUCCUUUGGCGCCACACACCCUGGAGGUAAGGGAAAGACACUCUUCUCACCAAUCAGCAGAUACAACUUUGUUUCUUAUUGAUAAUAUUGUAGAAUGCUGCAAGGUAGGCUAGUUGUGUUUGACCAUGUUUUCCUCACUCCACAGUAUACAAUGCUGCAGAGCAACUGUUCCACUUGAACUUUCGGGGUCUCUCCUUCUCCUUCCAGCUUGACUCAUGGAAUGAAGCUCCCAAGUAUGAGGUGAGACUAUUACCUGUCCCUGCUAUAUUUAUCCCUAGUAUGCUGUUUUUAUCUGACAGGCUUUAGAAUUGCCUUAUAAACCAUGUUUGACAUACAGUAGCUGCCACACUGCAAAUGUAUUCCAUAACUUGCUCUUCUUGUUGUACCCUUAGUAUUUUUUUCUAAUUUACUUUACCUGGCUGACAACCCCUAAUAGACCUUGUUUACCAGAUAAAGUACUAGUCUUUUUGGCUUAGAUUAUUUGUUAGAUAAUGAAAACCCCUGUGCCUCAUUUUGACCCCAUGGGAAUUAACAAACUAAUUGCUUCAUUACCAAUAGAGCUGUGUGAUGCAUGAGUAUUUGGUUUUUAAGCAUUUGAUAAUGCUGGAAAUACAAAACAAAUCGGCCUAAAAAGGGCUCAGUAUGUAUGUUUUUGUGAAAAUACAUUGUUAAAGUAUAAAGCUGUUGAUGUGAGUACUUGUGUCUCUAUAUGUUGAAUGUGAGCUGUUGAAAUGCACAUGCCAAUCUACUCCCAGUUGUUUUGCUUUGACAGCCUAACUUUGCCCAUGGCUUGGCCUCCCUGCAGAUUCCGCAUGGGGCCACAGUGAAACGGAUGUACAUCUAUACUGGGAACAACCUACAGGACACCAAGUAAGAACACAAUGUAUUCACAAGCACACCUGGAAUAAUGGUUGAGCAUGACAAGUUUAUGGGGAGAUGGAGGAAGCAGGUGGGGUAUAGGGUGAAGGGGAAGGUACUGUGUGUUUGGUGAGUUUAUUUACCCCAAUGGAAAUGCUUCUACUAACACCACCUUCUCCCUUGAAUAUGGUUAGGUUUAAAGGUAUUGCGAGAUAUGUGAUCUUGGAUUGCAGAAAAAAAAACAUGAAUUUGUAAUGACCUGACUGUGAUUCACUCUGUCGCUCCUCAGGGCUCCAGUGAUGCCCCUUGCCUGUUUCCUUGGCAACGUGUAUGCAGAGUGUGUGGACGUGCUGAAGAAUGGUGCGGGACCACUUGGUCUGAGACUUCGCCUCCUCACUGCAGGUACUUAGCAAAGGGACAUCUCAACCCACUCAUGUCUGAGUACAACACCAUCAGAACUGUGGAAUUCUAGCUAAAUCUGUUCAGGUUAAUAUUCAUUUUGAGGCAUUCUGAGCACAUGCCACUGACGGGAACUGGAGGAUGUAGGUAUUCUCUUCCUGUAGAUCAAUCCAUCCACGAUUCUAAUUGGAUCAGGCUACUCUUCUCUUCCUUCCUUUUAUGAAUUCCUUCCUCCAGCUCUGUUGUUAGGACUGUAAUAGAGCCUCCUGGUCUGUAGCUACAGAAUAGUGCUUUCCUGCCAGUCCCUCAGUUCCAUCACGUUCCAUGCUCUCUCCAGUCCAUAUGUAAAGCCCUGCUGAUCUCAUCACCAGACAUCACCUCUGACAGGCCCCACCCCUGGGGAGGCUGAGCUAAACAAAUAACCUACAUGAGGAGCCACGUACACUAUGUAGUUUGUACACUACGCCCUUUAGGAGAUGGGGAAGAGGGCUGUCAAAAUAUGCAAGUCAGCUGAGAGUCUUCUUGGAAUCCCUCAUCCAGUGUUUAGACAUGUCUCUUUUGACCAGCUGUUUUUGUUGUCUCUGGUUUGUUGUAUUAUAUACAUUCAUAGUAAAUGAAGAUGUGCUCCAACAGUUUUGCAACAUCAGGUCAUAUUAAGCUUGGAUAAUGAGUGUACAUGUGUCCUGUUUUCAGGCUGUGGGCCAGGGGUGAUGGCUGAUGCCAAGGUGCGUGCUGUGGAGAGGAACAUCUACUUUGGAGACUCCUGUCAAGAUGUGCUGAGUGCUCUGGGCUCGCCACACAAGGUCUUCUACAAGUCUGAGGACAAGGUAUGGCCCUUAACUCUCCUCCCUGUCUCCCCCUUUCCCUCUUUUACCCUCACCCCCUUUUCUCAGGCUUGACUUGCUGCUCUCAGUUGAUAUGACCCUCUCUAUGUUUAUAAACAAGCUCUCUUCAUGUUUUGGUUUCCUGUUUCAGAUGAAGAUCCACUCUCCGUCACCUCACAAGCAGGUCCCAUCCAAAUGCAAUGACUACUUCUUCAACUACUUCACCCUGGGGGUGGUAGGUAUUGGUGUUAUGUGGGGGGUGGGUAAAGAGAGGGCUUGUCUUUUUUUAUGUUGACAUUAAAGCUCAAUGUACAGUUUUGACCUCUGUUUGAUUGUUCCCUCUUCGUGUCGUUCCAGGACAUACUCUUUGAUUCCACCACACACCUGGUGAAGAAGUUUGUCCUUCACACCAACUUCCCUGGUCAUUACAAUUUCAACAUGUAAGUCUCUCUGCCUCAGUUAAGACUGGCACCUUAUUUGCCCUUGGCUCAAAUAUACAAUUUUCAGACAUGAUUCAUUUGAAUUAAUUAUUUGCGGUAGAGCCAUAAGAGGCUAUUAACUCUUUAGUGGUUAAUUAAUGUAGUCGCAGGACUGCUGUGCACUACACUCAGUAACAUGUAACUAUCUCUCUCAACACUAGAUAUCAUCGAUGCGAUUUCAAGAUUCCACUUGUCAUCAAGAAAGGUGAGUUUCUAAUCAGCUUUUGUAUUGUAUUUCCUGAGGUUUUUGGUGCUCCUUUUGAACUCUGCCUGUCUCCUCUCUGACCUCUGUCAAGUCUCAUCAUGUAUCCAUGUCUGUGUCUUUCAGAAGCUGCCGAUGCUCAGUGGGAGGACUGCAUCCUCACUACCUACAGCAAGGUCAGACAUGCCUACACUGCUCAGUCUUUGCCUACCUGAAUGUUUUCCUACAACAUAAAUAACAUUGAUAAAGAGUUGUGAAAAACACCACACAAGCAACUAUGUUUUAACUUUAUAGCUAUCUGUGACUUCAGAGAAGGUUUGUGUUCUCCUGAUUGACUAGGGUUGUGUCUCCCUUAGUGGGAUCAGAUUCAGGAGCUUCUUGGACACCCCAUGGAGAAGCCUGUCGUGCUCCACAGGUAAGAGAUGCCUGAUUUAGAAUUUACAUGACUACAUUCCGACCUAAAUGUUUUCAAUGGACAACUGACUGCUGGCCCUGCAGUUAUCAAAAAGGUGUUCAUGUUUUCUGUUUCACAGGUCAUCCUCAGCAAAUAAUACCAAUCCCUUCGGCUCUACGUUCUGUUUUGGACUACAGCGAAUGAUCUUUGAGGUAAGAACUUGGUGUGUGUCAUGAGUGAUGAUGGUAUUAGGUUGAGUAGAACAAAGCCCUGUAUGUAAACUAUGUGUCCUAACUGUGCUAACUUGUCGUCCCAGGUGAUGCAGAACAACCACAUAGCUUCAGUGACUCUGUACGGCGCCCCCAGACCCAUCAGCCGGGCCCGAGCCGAGGCCAGCGCCCACUGAACAGCGUCCUACUGCCAACCCAGGCACAGCCUGAGGGCUGUCUCUCCCCUCCUCCAUUCCACGCCACAGCAUCCCUAGGCUGAUCAGAGCAGUGUACUCUGUCUCACUCAAUCUCUCACCCACUGCCAUGUUCACACCAGAGAGGAGCUCCUCUGGACCCAUCUGCCCCUCUGUGACGGGCACAUCAUCCAGAGCCCUGCUAGGAGCCUUACGGCAGCCUUCAUCCCACCCCCCUCCCCUCUCUGACUCACCCUGUCCCAAUGGUCUUCAUCAUCAGAACACUCGUUAGCCAUCGUUAGAUGUGUUGGCGGUGUUUCAUCAAUGCACAUUUGUAUGCCGGCGUGCACAAACACAUGCUCACCUGCAUACACAAAUGAGCACCUGCGUGCAUACUGCAGUUUUUAAAUUGACUUAAUACAUGCUUGACAUACACACAUAUAUAAGAAACAGAUACCAAAAGCCUGACACACACAGACACCAAAAGCAUUUCAAUCCUUUCUCCACUAUAUGUUCAUGUUACCGAUUAAAACACAUGCAUAUGGAUGCAGGCUCAUCUCAUAUCUGCAGCACUAACAAUUGCAUAACAAGUACACCAUUACAUACAUACACAGACAGUUACAGAAACAAACAUGAAUGCACAUAGACAUAAACCCAUGCAUGCACACAGACACACAAUUAAGAGGGGUAAAAGAUGAAAAGCACAAACUGGCCUCACUGUGGAGUGGCCUAGUGCUCUGCAUGCUUUGAUGGGAACUUUCUUGGCACAUGAUCAAACACAGACACACGCAUACUGGUCCACAUACACCACACACAAAUUCAUACACUCAUGCCAUGAACAAGUCCACAGCAUAAGUCACCUCCUAUUGCAAGGCUGUGAAGCACUAACUGCAUUUGUAGUUUGUUUUGUGUUUUUUUGCAAGGAACGAUGGGAACAUUGGUUUUAACAUUUGCACUAAGAUACACCCUAUUUACUUGAUUAUUGUCUCCUAUCCAAUUAAGAUGAUUGUGUAUUUUAUUUCUAUUAGUGAUGACAGAGGAAAGGCUCCAGCUCCUCUAUCCCAUGACUGACUUCCUUCCUUCCCUUCCACAUGUACACUAUCCCCUCCACUGUCCACUGCUACCACUGUCCUUUACAGCCUUCCUCCCAAUGCUCAUGAUUACUCUCUUUCUCUAUUUCCCCCUCCUCUCUAUCUCCCUUUCUCUUCACAAGAGAUACCUAAAUGAAUCCCUCAGAUGUACUUCAUCAUUGCUCUUUCUUAAUUUUAAAAAAGUGUUAAAUUGCCAAAAUUGUAGCCAAAGAUGGUUCAGCAUGUUUUAAGUUAUCCAAACAUUUUAGUUUGUCAAAACUUGACCUUUUGCCCAAAGAGCAGACAUUCCCUCCUAAACAAUAUAUAUAUUUUAUUGCAGACCCCUGACCCAUAAUCUUAAGUACUUCUUGAGUAUAUAAUCUUUAUUAUUUGUGCUUUUUAAUGCAGAUAUUUUAUUAUUCCGUUUUUACUCUACUGAGACUUCUCCCUAUUUGUAGCAGGUAGAUUUGGGACUAUGUGCAGCAGCAGUCUCUUUUGGUGUUUGUACAGAUUUGUAAAUAGUGUGCUCUUUUCUUUUGUCAUUUUAAGCUAAUGGUACAGUGUGGGCCUGAAUUGUUUUAAGGUCAGAGCACACUCCAGAUGUGACACUUGUAUUACUUAGGAAUUCUGUUUGAUGUCUCUCUCCCCCUAGUGGAGAGAACAGUGGCACUCCUAAGCUCUGGGCCUGGAGGGUUCAUUCAUCUCUCUAGCUCAGCUUUAACCACUAUUAGUACUAGAGACAGAUGCUGAAGAUGGGAUAAAGCAGAGACAAAGAGGGGUUACUGUUGGAUAGGGAAGGGAGCCCUGUACAGCCUAUGAUGUUUAGAACACCAGGAUGUGUGUGUGGUCAGUAGCCCUGUUACAGUGGGUUGAUAAUGUACUGGUGCUAGAUCAGAGGUGUGACUGAAGCUCAUAAGUGUGUGUCCUCCUCCCAUCUUGUGUAUCUACAUGCCAUCAUGUCAGCCCAGCCCUCCAGGCCUCAGCUUUACAGCGCUUAUUACAUGGGCAUUGUUCAUUUUGUUACAUUGACUUGUUUCAUGAGUUGCGAUGAAAAAAGACUGUACUGUUGUUUUAAUUUUAUCCCUUGCUUUGUGCAAGUUGUAUAAGAAAAGAAAAAGCUAAAAUGGCUUAUUAACGUUGUGCCUCAUCUCCCACCAAGCCUGUCUUGACUUCGCUCUGUAAAUUAAACUAGGCUAUUGAACUGCAUUGUGUAUGACUGAGCAUGAAAAGUUAACAUGGUCGGCUGACUGUCACCCAUAGUCAUCAUUGUCCUGUUGCUCCAGAAAACAUAACAAUAAGGAGUAGAUUAAAGACUUGGGGCACUAUUCAAUCUGUAUCGCUGAAGU